AUGGCUGUAUCGGAAAAUGCUGGUGUGAAAGUGGACUCUUCUGGUCAGAAUUCAGACAAGAACUCUGUUUCCGAAGCUAAGAUGAAGCCUCCAUGUCCUGAUGAUCAAAACCCUAAAUCCAAUUCCUCUCUUGGCCCGUCAAAGGAAUCGACCCAAAAUCCCAGUGAAGUGAAUCUCAAGAGUGAGAUUAGUCAUUCGGAUUCUACGUUUUCUAAGUUAAAUCCGUUGGCUAAGGAAUUUGUUCCUCGUUCACUGGCUCGAACCAACUCUGGAGUUUCGAGAGAUAGAUUAUGGUUUCCUAACAAUUUCGCAAUGGAAGCUAUUUCUCCUGAGGGGAAUGGCCAUUUUGGUACAAGGAGAAGGAAUUUCGGGCAAGGAAAGCAAAGGACGAACAAGAACACAAGCUUGGCUCAGAAUGAAGAUGUAAUCAGGAGAACUGUAUAUGUAGCUGACAUUGAUCAACAGGUUACUGAGGAGCAGCUUGCUAGUCUCUUUCUUUCUUGUGGCCAGGUUGUUGAUUGUCGUAUAUGCGGUGACAAGAAAUCUAAUCUCCGUUUCGCCUUCAUUGAGUUCACUGAUGAAGAGGGAGCUAGGUCUGCCUUGAGAAAAUCGGGUACUCUGCUUGGUUUUCAUCCUAUUAGGAUUCUUCUUUCCAAAACAGCUAUUGCGCCUGUUAACCCGAGUUUCCUUCCAACGUCUGAGGACGAGCGGGAGAAGUGUGUGAAGACUAUUUACUGUACUAACAUUGAUAAGAAGGUCUCUCAAAUGGAGUUGGAAGCUUUCUUUAAAGCACUUUGUGGGGAGGUUCAACAUCUGAGGCUGCUUGGAGAUUAUCGCCGCCAAACCCGCAUUGCGUUUAUUGAAUUCAAGCUGGCGGAAAGUGCUAUUGUUGCUCUUAAUUGCAGUGGUAUUGUCUUGGGAGGGCUCCCAGAUAAGCCCGUCAAAGACACCAAUUAG